UGAUUAUUUGGAUGAUGACGAUGCAGAUGAGGACGACGAUGAAGAUGACGAAGAUGCUGACAUUGAAGAAGUUGAAGAAGAAGAUGAGCCAGAAGAUGAUGAUUACGACGACGAUGACGAAGAGUAA